GUUGCAACUUGAGCGAGGGAUUUCGGUUUUCUUCCUCAGCUCUAACAAUGAUGCCUCUCUGUCCAAGGAACUAAUGUCAACCUAUCGACAAACUGAUACCGGCUUGGAUCACCACCUAAGCGGAGAAUCCUGGUUAUCGUCAUCUUCAACGGAUCAUUUUAAAAACGUGAAAGCUCUGCAGUCGUAUAUUCAAGGCUUUAGAAUACGAGUAACAAUCGACAAGAACGUCACCAUUUCAGACAUCAUCGUAUUUUAUUCCAAAAUCAUCGAUGAAUUGCUGAAGUGGGUCGGGAUAAGUGUGAACGCGACAAAUGAUGCGCCGAUUUGGAAAACGCUGGUUGCCUACCAUAUGUUGGUGUUAAGCAAAGAACAAACUGGAGUGGAGAGGGCUUUGGGAUCUUCCUAUUUUGCAGCUGGUGGGUUUGACAAGGAACGACUUCUUUCGUACGAGAAAAAGAAACAGAUGGCCGCGACAUAUUACAAAACUUGCACAGAAUAUUAUCCCCUCGUUGCCUCUCGAUUUGAGCAGCAAUUUAUGAAAAUGAAAUUUGCUAGGGAAAUAGCAUCAAUGAGAAUAGACAUAACUUUAAACAAUAUUACUGGACCGCAUGUACAGAUGGGAACAUAUUGGUUCCAAAAUAUGACCGAGUUGAUAAAUGUUCUUGGUAUAAUACAAGACGAUCUUGCACACGAGAUAGUGUUAACUUUAGAGAAGGAAGCGAAAGACUCUAUCACUACAAUAGUCGUCCAGGUUCUCAUUCUCAUCGGAAUUUGCAUUCUGUGUCCGACUGUUUUGUUCUUUAUUCACAAAAUGACUGUUGACAUUCAAAACGUCGCCUCAAUUUUAAAAGAGAAAACAGAAGAUCUAAGUGCAGAGAGGAGAGUAACCGACUUUCUGUUGUAUCAAAUGCUACCAAGAAGUGUCGCUGACAGAUUGAAAAAUCACCAGCCCAUCAAGCCUGAAAUUUUCGACCAUUGUACGAUUUACUUUGGUAGUAUUGUUGGUUUCAAACAUAUUUCUGCUCAAAGUACAGCUCGCCAAGUGAUAGUUAUGCUGAAUAAACUACACCAGACAUUGGACUCAAAGAUGGAGUUGUUCGAUGUUUAUAAGGUCGAAACAAUAGGGGAUGCAUCAUUUAUGGUGGCAUCUGGAGUACCAGAAUGUAAUGGAGUCAACCAUGUGACGGAGAUAGCUACAAUGGCACUUAGCCUCGUUGACGCUGUUGCUAACAUAGCUGUGCCUCAUAUGGUAGACAGGCAUCUUGUACUUAGGAGUGGUUUUCAUUCAGGAGCCUGUGUUGCUGGAAUGGUAGGCUUCAAGAUGCCUCGCUAUUGUUUGUUUGGAGAUAACGUCACAACUGCGUCUUUUAUGGAGUCCACUGGUAUAGCUUCAAAGAUUCAGAUUAGUGAAGCAGCGUUUGUACUCUUGAGACCAAACAACCUGUAUGAGGUACAAGCAAGGGAAGAAACUCACUUUGAGGGAUCGAAUCUGAGAACCUGGUGGCUGAUCUCGAAAGAAGGAUAUAUCAGUGAAAGUGAUAUUGCAACUUCGUUUAAAAAUUAAAAAGUGUAGAGGGCAAUUUUGAACUAAGUUAAAUAAGUUCAAGUAGUGUUUCAACUGAUUAGAAACAUACUAUGAGAUUUAACACAAGUUGGAACUGUAAUGAGACAAUAAACACCGAGUUGUAACAGAACAUAAACGGAAACGGUUUCUCCUUGAUUAGUCAUUUAUUGAAUCCAGAACGAGGCUAUGACGUCACAUCACAUUUAAAGGGAUGCUAUAACUUUAGUCUAACAUGAUUAUAUGACAGGAACAACUGAAAUAGAUAAGUUCCGUCGAAAUUGAGAUUAAAUGAUAUGUACUAUAGUAGAUGUAACAGUUUUGUUACCAGAUAAGCUUCAUCACCGAAAUGGCAAUUGAUUCAAGUAAGUAGAUACUGAAUAUCAGCUUAUUAAGUCUACAGGUCUACAGGGUGUCCCCAAAGUAUGCCCCCAAGACAGACAU